AUUAAUUACUCCUGAAGUGGAAACCGUAAACCUAUGACUGAAAUGGCUCAGGCGACAUUCACUCCAGACGAUGAGAAGGUUGUAGAUUUUAGACUACCGAGUGGCCAUAAAAUACCUGCCGUUGGAUUAGGCACGUGGAAAUCUGGAUUGCCCCGAGACUCUGUCUUCACUGCCAUUGUUGAGGCUGGUUACAGGCAUGUGGAUACGGCGUGGGAGUAUGGAGUUCAACAUGAGGUAGGAGAAGGAAUUAAUUCGGCCAUACACGCAGGAGUGGAGAGGAAGGCUUUGUUCAUCACGUCUAAGUUAUGGUGCACUGAGUUGACUCCAGAAAGAGUUCGCCUAGCCCUCCAAAAUACACUUCAAGAACUGAAACCUGACUACCUCGAUCUCUAUCUGAUUCAUUGGCCAUUCCACUUGAAAGAUGGAGCCAGCAGACCUCCAAAAGCGGGGGACAUUUUGGAUUUCGACAUGGAAGGAGUUUGGGAGGAAAUGGAGAAACUUGUAAAUGACGAUCUUGUUAGAGACAUUGGAGUUUGCAAUUUCACACUGAAGAAACUGCACAAGUUACUAAGUUUUGCUAAGAUAAAGCCUUCUGUAUGCCAGAUGGAGAUGCAUCCGGGAUGGAGGAAUGACAAAAUACUGGAGGCCUGCAAUAAAAAUGGCAUCCAUGUUACGGCAUAUUCGCCAUUGGGUUCACAAGAAGGUGGACGGGACCUCAUUCACGAUCCUAUUGUGGAGAGGGUAGCAAGGAAACUCAACAAGAGCCCAGGGCAGGUGCUUGUGCGGUGGGCUAUUCAGAGAGGAACAAGUGCCAUUCCGAAAUCAAGUAACUAUGAAAGGAUUAAAGAGAAUAUAAAGGUGUUUGGAUGGGAAAUCCCAGAGGAGGACUUUCAAGCACUAUGUAGCGUUCCACAGCAGAAACGAGUAUUGAAUGGUGAAAGCUUGUUCGUGAACAAGACAGACGGACCUUACACGAAUGUGGCUGAUAUUUGGGACCACGAAGAUUACGAUAUUGAUGGUCCAUAGUAAAUGAGCUGCUAGCAAUGGUCAGUCUCGAACUUGUGUGUAGGACGUAUAUUCAGUAUUUGAUCUCUUAGGCUCGUUUAUCAGUUUAUGUAUGUUCUCUGUCAUAAUGGUACUUGUUCUCAUCUGCAAUAAAGUCUACUUGAAGCAGA